AUGGGAGGAGUUGGAGAACAAGGGAGGGGAGAGAACAAGGAGAAGGGAGAGACACAAGGGAGGGAGAGGAGAACAAGGGAGGGAGAGGAGAACAAGGGAGUGGAGAGGAGAACAAGGGAGGAGAGGAGAACAGGGAGGGGAGGAGACAGGGAGGAGAGGAGAACAAGGGAGGGAGGAGAGGAGAACAAGGGAGAGGAGAGGAGAACAAGGGAGGGAGAGGAGAACAAGGGAGGGAGAGGAGAACAAGGGAGGAGGAGACAGGGAGGAGAGGAGAACAAGGGAGGGAGAGGAGAACAAGGGAGGGAGAGGAGAAGAAACAAGGGAGGGAGAGGAGAACAAGGGAGGGAGAGGAGAACAAUGGAGGGAGAGGAGACAAGGGAGGGAGAGGAGAACAGAAGAGGAAGGGAGAGGAGAACAAGGGAGAGGGGAGGAGAGAGGAGAACAAGGGAGGGAGAGGAGAACAAGGGAGGGAGAGGAGAACAAGGGAGGGAGAGGAGAAACAAGGGAGGGAGAGGAGAACAAGGGAGGAGAGAGGAGAACAAGGGAGGGAGAGGAGAACAAGGGAGGGAGAGGAGAACAAGGGAGGGAGAGGAGAACAAGGGAGGGAGAGGAGAACAAGGGAGGGAGAGGAGAACAAGGGAGGGAGAGGAGAACAAGGGAGGGAGAGGAACAAUGAGCGAAAUAAAUAAUUUCAAAGAACAAAACGUAAAUGAACAGAGUUGCUUUCAUUCCGCUCCGAUAUCACAUCGGGCUGGGAAGUGCAUGCAUAACGUCUUGUUUUACACCAACACUAAUUGUUUACUGGGAAACUGAAUAAUUGUCCUUUUAUUUGUUUGUUUGUUUGUUUUUCUGACUAUCGUUAUAGUUCAAAAAGAGGGAACAAUCAUGUAGCUAGUGUAAAUGAAAUAAAGAAACAAACGUUUUCAAUCAAAUUAUUUUUUCAGUCUUUACAACGUACUUGUGAACAAGCUUUUACUUGAACGGAUGAUGAUCCGUUGUUGUGUCUCCACCAGUGAUUUAUAUAUACACUAGAUGACCGGUAGGGGGCGCUGUGUCGAUGCCGCCGUGCCUCCAUCUUGGCGCUCCCCCCACCGUUAUAAAAAGUAUUUUAGAAAUGCAUUUAUUAACGUCUACAUUCGUCUUUGCCACAUUUAUUCUAUUGCAGACACCUUAAUGCAUACUUUUAAAUUACGGGGGCCAGUAUGAAAAAUUGUAUGCACUAACUGUAAGUCGCUCUGGAUAAGAGCGUCUGCUAAAUGACUAGCAUGUAAAUGUAAAUGUAAAUAUUAUGUGAGCUAAACAUACAAAUAAAAAAAUAAAGCAUAUAAAAGCAUUUUCUUUCAAGUAUAUAUAUUUUUUAAAUUACUAAUGUUACUGUCCCCGCUACAACAACAAAAAUACUUAAAUACACGUAAUUUUGUCCUUGAAACAUUUAAUUGAAAUACUGGAGAAUUCCAUUCAUUCCUAUGGAGGACUGCUUCUACUGGGGGAUUGCCAAAAUGGCCGACCAGUGGCUUCAAAGCCUGUCAAUAGAGUACCACAUUAUGAGUCAUAAUCAGUGGCGACCCAUCAUUCAGGGCAGGUUGGGCAGGCCUGUUUUGCGUGUUAUUUUGGAACGAAUACGUGUCACAUCAUUGAGUUAAUAAAGCCACAUACAAACAUGGUCUCUUUUUUUGCUUUCUUGAGUAAGGCAGCUCCAAAAUGCAGGUGUUUCAGCCUAGCUCAGUGCUUUCUGUGGUGGUGGUGGGGCAGCCAGCGGAACAUACGGAGCGUAGGGGUUGGUAAUGUUCUCUAGUUGCGCCGUGAUUGGCUCAGUGUUCUGUCACUCGUGGGGACACUACAUCACCGCAAAAUCUACAGGGAGAGCUAGAAAAUUCAAGCCCCUUGGGUACUGCCAGAGUUAGUGCCCAUCCAAGAAGGCCCAAGGUCAUUGGCCACAGAUAAAAUGACAUCAAAUCACGUUAUAUCUACGGUAGCUUUGAUUGGAUUUAAUCAUGUCAACAUCAUACUUUCAAAAUCUUAGCUAGCAAGCUAGACAAGCAGUCAUCAUCAUGAAUCACGUCGACAAUCUACUGGCAAAUAUUUUUCAAUCCUUGUCAUAUGAAGAGAAAUUAUAGAUAAAACGUAUCGGUGCUCAUCGGCCAUUGGACAUAAACAUUACACAAGUUGGAAAUCGCAAAUUCAACAAUGAGUGGUUUGGAAGGAAUCAGUGGCUAACUGCAAGUGUUGCAAAGCAAUCACUAGCCUGCUUUGCAAGUCUGGGUUUAAGGGUCUUUUUCCAAGCUUGAAAGGAUAAACAUUCAACAAGGGCCAGAAACGGUUGAAUACAUUGGCCAUGCUGUCAAUCCAGCAUGACUUCUGCCGCGUUCAAAACAACUGGAAACUCGGAACUGGGAAAUCUCAGACUUCAGUGAGUUCAAGACAACUGGGAACUCUGAAAAAAACUAGGUCCGACAGGGAAAAUAAGUUUUGAACGGUCAUCCAACUCAGAAGGAACUCGGGCCUCUUUCUAGAGCUCCGACCUGAAGAUCACUGACGUCAUGAUUCGACCUUGUUUUUCCCAGUUGUCUUGAAAGCACCAUAAAUCCAGAGAAUGCCAGACUUUGAUGACAAAGGACACAAGGACCACUGCGCCACCUUCCUGUUCAAGUGAGCUCAGCACAACAAGGUGAGUCCCAAAAUGUAUUGUAUGCUGCUGCUUAAAUGAUGUAAUAUGCCAGGGAGAUAUGUAUACUGUAGCUAAGAAAGUAAUACUGAGUGUAUGUUGUGUAGUAAGCUUUUAGUAAACCAUGAGCCUCACCCUAAUAAUUUGGUCCCUUUCCCCCUCAUAAUUUAGCCUACUGUUCUGACUUGGAGGUGCAUAUGUAGCCUAUAACCUGUUUUAGAGAAUCAUCAAAUAUUUUAAGAGCUUUCAUUGUCUGCUUAUAUGCCCCCUUUAUUUAUCCUAUGGUUCUGACUUGGUGUACAGGGAGAACACUGUAAGAACGGCCCAUGUUCUGAAUUUUGUCGCUGUACAUUUCAAAAGUGCUGAAAAAAUAGUUAUAUUGACUACGUCCGUCCUAGCUCAUUCAUCUAGUCUAGUCGAACAACUAGCGUUAUAUUGACUACGUCCGUCGUAGCUCGCUCAUUAAUGUCUUAAUUGCCUCUUAUCCUUAGUUUUUUUUUAAGGCCAGGUGUGAAAAGGGCAGUGUGGAAUGCAAUAGAGAUUGCAUCAUCUGUGGAUCUGUUGGGGCAGUAUGCAAAUUGGAGUGGGUCUAGGGUUUCUGGGAUAAUGGUGUUGAUGUGAGCCAUGACCAGCCUUUCAAAGCAUUUCAUGGCUACAGACGUGAGUACUACGGGUCGGUAGUCAUUUAGGCAGGUUACCUUAUUGUUCUUGGGCACAGGGACUAUGGUGGUCUGCUUGAAACAUGCUGUAAGUAAGCAUUUCACUGUAAUGUCUGCACCUGUUGUAUUCGGCGCAUGUGACCAAUAAAAUUUGAUUUGAUUUGGUAUUACAGACUCAGUCAGUGAAGACACUUGAAAAUGUCAGUGAAGACACUUGCCAGUUGGUCAGCGCAUGCUCGGAGUACACGUCCUGGUAAUCCGUCUGGCCCUGCGACCUUGUGAAUGUUGACCUGUUUAAAGGCCUUACUCACACCGGCUACGGAGAGCGUGAUCACACAGUCGUCCGGAACAGCUGAUGCUCUCAUGCAUGCUUCAGUGUUGCUUGCCUCGAAGCGAGCACUUCACAUGUUCCUUCAUAUUUUUGUUCAGUAAUACAUCAUUGGUCUCCACCGAUGGACUCAAUCUCUUUGCUGUGGCUUGUGGAAAAGUUAUUCAAUCAUAUGUGAGCUGGUGUAUAUCAUUUAGCAGACGCUCUUCUCCAGAGCGACUUAAAAAUAGCGAGUACCUACAUUUUCGUACUGGUCCCGAACUCACAACCCUGGCGUUGCAAGCGUCAUGCUAUACCAACUGAGCCACACUGAAUCCUAUAAAUAUGGCAUAUCAAGAUAAUAUUUCACGUUUAGCUGCCCCCCUUUGUUGUACCGUUCUACAUAAAUUGGCCACGUUUUAUUUAGCAGUGUUUCUUCAUCCUUUUUAUAAUUGGUGCCAAAAUAAACUGCGGAAUAAGUGUAGGAGCGAAUGAAUUAAUCUAAAUCUUCCUUUCAGCCAAUCGGAAACAAGACAUAGCCUAAAUCCCUCCCACCUCCGUGAAUGCGGAAGUUAGAAACACAAACAACAACAACCUCUAGUUGUUCGAUUUCUCUCCAAAAGUUGGAUUUAUAUUUCUCAGAGCCAUAUCGAAAUCAGGUGGGUUAUCACUUACAAAUCGUUUCCAUUACAGCUGAAAGAUUAAUCAUACACGUUUUGAUGGAAUGCAAAAACGUGUGAUCUGGCUAACUCGCUAGCUAGCUAGGUAACAAUUCGGAGCUAAUAGCUACCUAGCUUGCUAGGUUUAGUUUGCCAGGAGAGUUAUAAUAAUAAUAAUAAUAUGCCAUUUAGCAGACGCUUUUAUCCAAAGCGACUUACAGUCAUGCGUGCAUACAUUUUUUUUUGUGUAUGGGUGGUCCCGGGGAUCGAACCCACUACCUUGGCGUUACAAGCGCCGUGCUCUACCAGCUGAGCUACAGAGGACCACAGUUACGUGAUGAUUUGCUAAUCGGGAGAAACGAAUAACUAAUAUAGCUAGCUAGGUAUCGAAUAGCGGUUUUUAUUAUAGCUAGGGUUUGAUGUCGCAUCUUCUUUAAUUGGAUGACUGAAAUAUAGGACAUUGACACUGCAGUCAGUUGCCUGGAAACCCGACAUUGAAUUGCAUUGCACUCUGUCAGGCAGAAAUGAGCGUUUGAAUAAGGAAACUUUCCUCUCUAACUCUACAAGCCAAAAUGUUGAAUACAAUUAUAAAAAUUAUUUUAAAAAAUACAUGCAGGAGAGUGCAUGCAUAAUUGCCGAGCUCAGGUAAGUGUUUACAUGGUUUUGUACAUGUUUCAGGUGAUAGAAGUCUGAAUGCACUACUAGCGCUUUGAAAAUGUGAUGUAAUUAUACUUUCUUGUGGAUAUAUUGUCUCACAUUCCUACUGCCAAAGGGACCAACCACAUGGACAACCUGUAAAGAAGUUUAAAAUAUAAUUGUAUUCAACAUUCUGGCUGAGUCCAUAUGGUUGUUUUAGUCAACUAGGUUGAUUCAAAUCCUCAUUUUUUUUUUCCAGAGUUGUGUUUCCAGGCAAUGCAGUCAGGUGACAUUCAGGUGAGGCGAGAGCUAGGGCUGUGGUGGUCACGACAUUUCAUCAGCUGGUGAUUGGUCAAGCAAAUAACUGUUGGUCUCACGGUAAUUGACCGUUCAUUAACAUAAACACAUUGAACAUCUCCUGGCUUCGAUACACAGCCUACAAGCCACAGACCACGUUCCAGGUCGUCUUUAUUUCAAGCGUGUUUCACAGAUGGGCAGAUCUCACAAAGUCAGGGGAAUUUCUCAGAAACCAGCGAACCACACCAAUGAUAUGUCUUGAGAUCUUGAGACGAGGCCUUCAUUCCUGGAAUAAAUAAGUGUACCAAUGCAUCACCAGGGUUUCCAACGUGGGGCAAGACACAUCAUGGGAUUUGACCAAUGGUCUGAAAACCAACCAUUUCUGUUCCUAGGGCAGAGCAUCAAUACAUCACACCCAAAAGUGAGAAAAAUAACUAUUGUUGAACUGUGCAUCCCAUUGAAAAUGAGGUUGCAUGAUGAUACAUAAUGGUUCAAUAUUAUGCACAUUGUUAAGGCCAGUUAUACAUGGUUAAUAGAGGUAGUGGCUCACUAUUUGGCAAGCACUGACUGGCUAUCGCACUAGUUUGACCAAUUUGUUAUAAUCCAUGUAUUAGUGGUUUAUAAUGCAUUUACAAAUGAUUAAAUAACCGUUAAAGUAAUUACAAACCCUUUUAUAAACCUUUUACAAAUGGAACCUUCAUGUAAAGUGUUAACCAUAUGCCUAUUCACCAAACAGAUGUGGUGGCCGUAAUUAAUCACUAAACAGACAAUAGACGUGAAAUCAUAAAAUGACACAAACUGUGUAGGACAUCAAUAAAUACUUCGUAAUAACAAACAAGUGGCGGAGUUGUCCUUCAGGGCAGACUAGUGCCACGACAACGAGUGUGUGUGUGUGUGUUUAUGGGGGGUUGUUGGAAGAGAGACUCGAGCGUAUGACUCUGUUUGUCUGUUGAACUGAACGGUAGCAGGUAGUGAUUAGACUCUGCUCUUACUGUGUUGUCUCUGUUGAAGGGCAGAGCAGUGCCACCCACCAGUGCCAUGGCUGGCAUCACUAUCCGGAGGUUUGAGGAAGACGAUAAGGAGUCCGUGAAGGAGAUCUUCACCAUGGGGAUGAGCGAGCACGUCCCCUCCUCCUUCAUGCACCUCCUCAAACGGCCCCUGACCCAGAUGAUCCUGAUGGUCACGUUCUGCGCCCUGCUGGCCAGCUCCAAGUCCAUCCUGCUGCCUGUAGUAGCGGUCACUCUCCUCCUGGCCGGGGCCAAGCAGCUGGUGGGCUACCUCUUCAACAGCUACAUCGACACCUCCCUUAAGAAGGACCUCAACCACAUCCAGGAGACCUACCUGGAGAACAAGGACUCGUGUUUCUGGGUGGCUGAGAGCGACGGCCGGGUGGUGGGUUCGGUGGCCUGCCUGCCCGCGGAGAGGGAACCAGGCUACAUGGAGCUGAAGAGGUUGUCUGUACGCCGGACACACCGGGGUAUGGGCAUCGCCAAGGCCCUCAGCAGGACAGUGGCAGACUUCAGCAGGGAGAGAGGCUUCCCUGCUGUCAUCCUCUACACGUCUGUAGUGCAGACUGAUGCACAGAGGCUGUAUGAGAACAUGGGCUACACACGGAUCAGAGAGUUCGUCAUCCCUGAGCCCAUCGCCAAAAUCACCAACUUUACUCUGAUAGAGUACAGACUGGACUUACUGCAGGGGGGGAAAUAGAAGAACUGGAUUUACUGCAGGGGGGGGAAUAGGAGGAGGACUAGACUUACUGCAGGGGGGGGAAUAGGAGGAGGACUAGACUUACUGCAGGGGGGGAAUAGGAGGAGGACUAGACUUACUGCAGGGGGGGAAAUAGGAGGAAGACUUACUGCAGGGGGGGGAAUAGGAGGAGGACUAGACUUACUGCAGGGGGGAAUAGGAGGAGGACUAGACUUACUGCAGGGGGAAUAGGAGGAGGACUAGACUUACUGCAGGGGGGAAUAGGAGGAGGACUAGACUUACUGCAGGGGGAAUAGGAGGAGGACUAGACUUACUGCAGGGGGGGAAUAGGAGGAGGACUAGACUUACUGCAGGGGGGGGAAUAGGAGGAGGACUAGACUUACUGCAGGGGGGGAAUAGGAGGAGGAGGACUAGACUUACUGCAGGGGGAAUAGGAGGAGGACUAGACUUACUGCAGGGGGAAUAGGAGGAGGACUAGACUUACUGCAGGGGGGGAAUAGGAGGAGGACUGGACUUACUGCAGGGGGGAAUAGGAGGAGGACUAGACUUACUGCAGGGGGGGGAAUAGGAGGAGGAGGACUAGACUUACUGCUGGGGGGGGUAUAGGAGGAGGAGGACUAGACUUACUGCAGGUGAAAUUGGAAGAGGACUAGACUUACUGCAGGGGGGGAAUAGGAGGAGGACUAGACUUACUGCAGGGGGGGGAAUAGGAGGAGGACUGGACUUACUGCAGGGGGGAAUAGGAGGAGGACUGGACUUACUGCAGGGGGGGAUAGGAGGAGGACUAGACUUACUGCAGGGGGGGAAUAGGAGGAGGACUAGACUUACUGCAGGGGGGAAUAGGAGGAGGACUAGACUUACUGCAGGGGGGAAUAAGAGGAGGACUAGACUUACUGCAGGGGGGAAUAGGAGGAGGACUGGACUUACUGCAGGGGGGGAAUAGGAGGAGGACUAGACUUACUGCAGGGGGGGAAUAGGAGAAGGACUUACUGCAGGUGAAAUUGGAAGAGGACUAGACUUACUGCAGGGGGUAAUAGAAGGAGGACUAGACUUACUGCAGGGGGGAGUAGGAGGAGGACUAGACUUACUGCAGGUGAAAUUGGAAGAGGACUAGACUUACUGCAGGGGGGAAUAGGAGGAGGACUAGACUUACUGCGGGGGGGGAAUAGGAGGAGGACUAGACUUACUGCGGGGGGGGGAUAGGAGGAGGACUGAAAGGACAGUAGGACACAGACAGACACACUGGACAUACAGGGCUCUCACCUUCAUUAUUAUUCACAUCAAACAGAAAAUAUUCAGACGCCUUCCCCUUUUCCACAUUGUGUUACUUUACAGCCUUAUUCUAAAAUGGAUUAAAUAUAUCCUUAAAUCCUCAUCAAUCUACACACAACACUCCAUAAUGACAAAGCCUUAAAUCCUCAUCAAUCUACACACAACACUCCAUAAUGACAAAGCGAAAACAGGGUUUUAUACCUUAUUUACAUAAGUAUUCAGACCCUUUGCUAUGAGACUCAAAAUUGAGCUCCGGUGCAUCCUGUUUCCAUUGAUCUUCCUUGAGAUGUUUCUAAAACUUGAUUGGAGUCCACAUGUGGUAAAUUCAAUUGAUUGGACAUGAUUUGGAAAGGCACACACCUGUCUAUAUAAGGUCCCACAGUUGACAGUGCAUGUCAGAGCAAAAACCAAGCCAUGAUGUCGAAGGAGUUGUCCAUAGAGCUCUGAGACAGGAUUGUGUCGAGACACAGAUCUGGGGAAUGGUACCAAAACAUUUCUGCAGCAUUGAAGGUCCCCAAGAACUCAGAACUCCAUUCUUAAAUGGAAGAUGUUUGGAACCACCAAGACUCUUCCUAGAGCUGGCCGCCCGGCCAAACUGAGCAAUCGGGGGAGAAGGGCCUUGGUCAGGGAGGUGACCAAGAACCUGAUGGUAACUCUGACAAAGCUCCAGAGUUCCUCUGUGGAGAUGGGAGAACCUUCCAGAAGGACAACCAUCUCUGCAGCACUCCACCAAUCAGGCCUUUAUGGUAGAGUGGCCAGACGGAAGCCACUCCUCAGUAAAAGGCACAUUCUGUGGCCUGAAUGCCAAGCGUCACGUCUGGUGGAAACCUGGCACCUUCCCUACGGUGAAGCAUGGUGGUUGCAGCAUCAUGCUGUGGGGAUGUUUUUCAGCGGCAGGGACUGGGAGACUAGUCAGGAUCGAGGGAAAGAUGAACGGCGCAAAGUACAGAGAGAUCCUUGAUGAAAACCUGCUCCAGAGUGCUCAGGACCUCAGACUGGGGUGAAGGUUCACCUUCCAACAGGACAACGACCCUAAGCACACAGCCAAGACAACGCAGGAGUGGCUUCGGGACAAGUCUCUGAAUGUCCUUGAGUUUGCCCAGCCAGAGCCCGGACUUGAACCAGAUCGAACAUCUCCGGAGAGACCUGAAAAUAGCUGUGCAGGAUCCCCAUCCAACCUGACAGAGCUUGAGAGGAUCUGCAGAGAAGAAUGGGAGAAACUCCCCAAAUACAGGUGUGCCAAGCUUGUAGCGUCAUUCCCAAGUAGAAUCGAUGCUGUAAUCGCUGCCAAAGGUGCUUCAACAAAGUAUUGAGUAAAGGGUCUGAAUACUUAUGUAAAUGUGAUAUUUCAGUUUUUUAUUUGUAAUACAUUUGCAAAAAAUAUCUAAAAACCUGUUUUUGCUUUGUCAUUAUGGGGUAUUGUGUGUAGAUUGAUGAGGGUAAAAAACAACAACAAUUUAAUCCAUUUUAGAAUAAGGCUGUAACGUAACAAUGUGGAAAAAGUCAAGGAGUCAAUACUUUCCCAAUGUUCUAGUUUCAUUCCAUCUGCUGGACUGGACAGGGGUCCAGUUUCAUUCCAUCUGCUGUACUGGACAGGGGUCCAGUUCCAUUCCAGCCUGUAUGACUGGAUUCUCGUUGAAUUUGCCUUCGCCAUUGGUUGAUCUGUAGUUGAUGAAUUCUGUUUAUGGUCAUGAACUUCCUCAACACCUGUGCCAGGCAGCACUGAGUGCAAAUGGCACUAAAUUACUGAUAUAAUGGACACUUUAACAGUUGUUUCAUUUAGUAAAUUAAUUAGUGUAAUUUUGUGCAAACUGGACUUUUGUUUUGGCUUAAUGUGUAAAUUAAAGGGUUGAAUCAUUGCUUUCUCGUGCUGUUAUUGGAUAAGCAGGAGGAUGGCUUUCUCUGCCCUCCGUAUUAUAGGCCAAGGUCAAUUCAAAUCUGGAACCAAGUUCCACUGCUAAUCUUCAUUGUCUAAUCAGGACUGGUUUAGACCUGGGACACCAGGUAGAACAGAAAACCAGCAGCAGGAAAACAAGGAGGAUCUUUAUAUAUUUAAAAUGCCUUUAUUGUUACGGUUCAAUGGAACAAAUAUUUAAAAAGUCGGACGCGCUUCAGCAUAAGCCUUCGUCAGGGAGUACCUUUAUCAAAGAGCACCCUUCUAUCUACAAAAAAUCUACUAUUUUGUACCCUAGGAGAGCUUCCCUUCCUUCUGUUUUCUACAAGAAAACCAGCAGUACUUUAGAUUCCAAUACCCCUGCUGUCUGCCUAUGUCAUUCCUUAUCUUUAAAUAUGUUAUUCGUUUCUCUCCAGCCCAGUGUGUUGCUCUAGUCAGCGGUCUUCUCUUCACAGGGGGAUCAGAUGAGAUGGACGGCUAUCGGAUCUGUAGAUACCAGGACGAAGACUACUGCGUGGUCACGGAGGUGUACUCCACAGGGUUCGUUGAGCAACUGGACGCUGUGUGUGUGUGUGUGUGUUCAGGCUCUCGGACAGACCUGGAUACAGCUCACCCUGCUCUGUGCCGGCCAGGUCGAAGGGCGGUACGGUACCUGUCCAACCAGGGGAUCCGGCUAGGCCUUAGGGAGGACCUCCUGGAUAUUAACCUCCUGGAUAUUAACAGCUCCUGUAUGCAGGAGGGACAGGUGGCACAUUCCCAAUUGACAUACAGUGCUUUCAGAAAGUAUUCAGACCCCUUGACUUUUUCCACAUUUUGUUACGUUACAGCCUUAUUCUAAAAUUGAUUACAUUUAGUUUUUUCCUCAUCAAGCUACACACAAUACCCCAUAAUGACAAAGUGAAAACAGGGUUUUAGAAAUUUUUGCAAAUCUAUUCAAAACAAACUGAAAAACCUUAUUUACAUAAGUAUUCAGACCCUUUGCUAUGAAACUCGAAAAUUGAGCUCAGGUGCAUCCUGUUUCCAUUGAUCAUCCUUGAUAUGUUUCGACAACUUGAUUGGAGUCCACCUGUAGUAAAUUCAAUUGAUUGGACAUGAUAUGGAAAGGCACACACCUGUCUAUAUAAGGUCCCACAGUUGACAGUGCAUGUCAGAGCAAAAACCAAGCCAUGAGGUCGAAGGAAUUGUCCGUAAUGCUCAGAGACAGGAUUGUGUCGAGGCACAGAUCUGGGGAAGGGUACCAAAACAUUUCUGAAAAGCAUUGAAGGUCCCCAAGAACACAGUGGCCUCCAUCAUUCUUAAAUGGAAGAUGUUUGGAACCACCAAGACUCUUCCUAGAGCUGGCCACCCAAACUGAGCAAUCGGGGGAGAAGGGCCUUGGUCAGGGAGGUGACCAAGAACCCGAUGGUCACUCUGACAGAGCUCCAGAGUUCCUCUGUGGAGAUGGGAGAACCUUCCAGAAGGACAACCAUUUCUGCAGCACUCCACCAAUCAGGCCUUUAUGGUAGAGUGGCCAGAAAGAAGCCACUCCUCAGUAAAAGGCACAUGACAGCCUGCUUGGAGUUUGCCAAAAGGCACCUAAAGGACUCUGACCAUGAGAAACAAGAUUCUCUGGUCUGAUGAAACCAAGAUUGAACUCUUUGGCCUAAAUGCCAAGCUUCACGUCUGGUGGAAACCUGGCACCAUCCCUAUGGUGAAGCAUGGUGGUGGCAGCAUCAUGCUGUGGGGAUGUUUUUCAGCGGCAGUGACUGGGAGACUAGUCAGGAUCGAGGGAAAGAUGAACGGAGCAAAGUAAAGAGAGAUCCUUGAUGAAAACCUGCUCCAGAGCGCUCAGGACCUCAGACUGGGGUGAAGGUUCACCUUCCAACAGGACAACGACCCUAAGCACACAGCCAAGACAACGCAGGAGUGGCUUCGGGACAAGUCUCUGAAUGUCCUUGAGUUUGCCCAGCCAGAGCCCGGACUUUAACCAGAUCGAACAUCUCCGGAGAGACCUGAAAAUAGCUGUGCAGGAUCCCCAUCCAACCUGACAGAGCUUGAGAGGAUCUGCAGAUAAGAAUGGGAGAAACUCCCCAAAUACAGGUGUGCCAAGCUUGUAGCGACAUACCCAAGAAGACUCGAGGCUGUAAUCGCUGCCAAAGGUGCUUCAACAAAGUACUGAGUAAAGGGUCUGAAUACUUAUGUAAAUGUGAUAUUUCAGUUUUUCUGCUAAAAUUUCUAAAAACCUGUUUUUGCUUUGUCAUUAUGGGGUAUUGUGUGUUGAUUGAUGAGGGGAAAAAACAAUGUAAUCAAUUUUAGAAUAAGGCUGUAACGUAACAAAAUGUGGAAAAAGUCAAGGGGUCUGAAUACUUUCCAAAGGCGCUGUAUGAUGUGAAUAAUAAUGAAGGUGAGAGCCCAGUAACAGAUGGAUGCAUUAAUCAUAGAAGCUAUUGCUACUUGGUGUCUCUAAAAUCAGUGCUAUUGUCAUGUGACAGUUUUUAAAAUUGAUAAGUCCAAAUGUCGGCCUUUUACAUUACAUUUACAUUUACGUCAUUUAGCAGACGCUCUUAUCCAGAGCGACUUACAGUUAGUGAAUACAUAUAUAUAUAUAUAUUUUUUCAUACUGGCCCCCCGUGGGAAUCGAACCCACAACCCUGGCGUUGCAAACGCCAUGCUCUAUCAACUGAGCUACAUCCCUGCCGGCCAUUCCCUCCCCUACCCUGGACGACGCUGGGCCAAUUGUGCGCCGCCCAUGAGUCUCCCGGUCGCGGCCGGCUACGACAGAGCCUGGAUUCGAACCAGGAUCUCUAGUGGCACAGUUAGCACUGCGAUGCAGUGCCUUAGACCACUGCGCCACUCAGGAGACCUCAGGAGACAGCAUUUUACCAGAUACAUUUUGUUCUCCGCAUGAUCUGUUUAUUUUCAUAACUGAUACAAAUUCGAUAUGCUAUAGCCUAUAGAUAAUAUUGUGCCCAUAUGAACACAUGUAUUUUAGGCCAUAUAAAGAACAGCUCUGCAUGAUUUAAUGAAGAGCAGCAAACAGACACAACAUUGUUUCACAUUCUUUAAUAAAAGACUCAGAAACACAAACAGGCAAUAGGCUGUACAGCUGGUUUCAGCUGGGGGGGGGGGGGGACGUCUCCCACCCAGGCUCCUGGGAGCUGAAGAAGAUCUCAGUACAGAGGGAGUUCAGAGGUCAGCACUGUGUCGGAGUUGUAGCAUCUCACGGAAUAGAGGAUGUGGUUCUGUAUACGUUCAAAUCAAAUCAAAUGUUAUUUGUCACAUGCGCCGAAUACAAAACAGGUGUAGACACAUGUGGUCCUCUGUAGCUCAGCUGGUAGAGCACGGCGCUUGGUCUGGUAGUGAUAUAUAUGGAUAUAGUGGUCCUCUGUAGCUCAGCUGGUAGAGCAUGGCGCUUGUAACGCCAGGGUAGUGGGUUCGAUCCCCGGGACCACCCAUACGUUAAAAAAAAUUAUGCACACAUGACUGUAAGUCGCUUUGGAUAAAAGAGUCUGCUAAAUGGCAUAUUAUUAUUAUUAUGAUAUUGUAGACUUUACAGUAAAAUGCUGACUUACGAGCCCUUUACAAUGCAGAGUUAAAAAGUAUGAAGAAUUUGCAAAAAAAAAAAAAAGAUAAGAUAUUGUAACUAAAUAAAAUAAUGAGGCUAUAUACAAGGAGUACCGGUACCAAGUUAAUGUCCAGGGGUACCAGGUAGUUAAGGUCCAGGGGUACCAGGUAGUUAAGGUCCAGGGGUACCAGGUAGUUAUAUACAUGGAGUACCGGUACCAAGUCAAUGUCCAGGGGUACCAGGUAGUUAUAUACAUGGAGUACCGGUACCAAGUUAAUGUCCAGGGGUACCAGGUAGUUAUAUACAAGGAGUACCGGUACCAAGUCAAUGUCCAGGGGUACCAGGUAGUUAUAUACAUGGAGUACCGGUACCAAGUUAAUGUCCAGGGGUACCAGGUAGUUAUAUACAAGGAGUACCGGUACCAGGUAGUUAAGGUCCAGGGGUACCAGGUAGUUAUAUACAUGGAGUACCGGUACCAAGUUAAUGUCCAGGGGUACCAGGUAGUUAUAUACAAGGAGUACCUGUACCAGGUAGUUAAGGUCCAGGGGUACCAGGUAGUUAUAUACAUGGAGUACCGGUACCAAGUUAAUGUCCAGGGGUACCAGGUAGUUAUAUACAAGGAGUACCGGUACCAGGUAGUUAAGGUCCAGGGGUACCAGGUAGUUAUAUACAUGGAGUACCGGUACCAAGUUAAUGUCCAGGGGUACCAGGUAGUUAUAUACAAGGAGAACCGGUACCAGGUAGUUAAGGUCCAGGGGUACCAGGUAGUUAAUGUCCAGGGGUACCAGGUAGUUAUAUACAUGGAGUACCGGUACCAAGUCAAUGUCCAGGGGUACCGGGUAGUUAUAUACAAGGAGUACCGGUACCAGGUAGUUAAGGUCCAGGGGUACCAGGUAGUUAAUGUCCAGGGGUACCAGGUAGUUAUAUACAUGGAGUACCGGUACCAAGUCAAUGUCCAGGGGUACCAGGUAGUUAAUGUCCAGGGGUACCAGGUAGUUAAGGUCCAGGGGUACCAGGUAGUUAAGGUCCAGGGGUACCAGGUAGUUAUAUACAAGGAGAACCGGUACCAGGUAGUUAAGGUCCAGGGGUACCAGGUAGUUAUAUACAAGGAGUACCGGUACCAAGUCAAUGUCUAGGGGUACCAGGUAGUUAAGGUCCAGGGGUACCAGGUAGUUAAUGUCCAGGGGUACCAGGUAGUUAAGGUCCAGGGGUACCAGGUCCAGGGGUACCAGGUAGUUAAUGUCCAGGGGUACCAGGUAGUUAAUGUCCAGGGGUACCAGGUAGUUAAUGUCCAGGGGUACCAGGUAGUUAAGGUCCAGGGGUACCAGGUAGUUAAUGUCCAGGGGUACCAGGUAGUUAAGGUCCAGGGGUACCAGGUAGUUAUAUACAUGGAGUACCGGUACCAAGUCAAUGUCCAGGGGUACCAGGUAGUUAAUGUCCAGGGGUACCAGGUAGUUAAGGUCCAGGGGUACCAGGUAGUUAAGGUCCAGGGGUACCAGGUAGUUAUAUACAAGGAGAACCGGUACCAGGUAGUUAAGGUCCAGGGGUACCAGGUAGUUAUAUACAAGGAGUACCGGUACCAAGUCAAUGUCUAGGGGUACCAGGUAGUUAAGGUCCAGGGGUACCAGGUAGUUAAUGUCCAGGGGUACCAGGUAGUUAAUGUCCAGGGGUACCAGGUAGUUAAUGUCCAGGGGUACCAGGUAGUUAAUGUCCAGGGGUACCAGGUAGUUAAUGUCCAGGGGUACCAGGUAGUUAAGGUCCAGGGGUACCAGGUCCAGGGGUACCAGGUAGUUAAGGUCUACAGGUCUACGAAAAAGUAUUUGCCCCCAAUCAUGGUCUGUGUGUGUGUGUGUAGUGCAUUCGGAAAGUAUUCAGAACCUUUUACAUUUUAGUCAUUUAGCAGACGCUCUUAUCCAGAGCGACUUACAGUUAGUGAGUGCAUACAUUUUCAUACUGGCCCCCCGUGGGAAACGAACCCACAACCCUGGCGUUGCAAGCGCCAUGCUCUACCAACUGAGCUACAGGGGACCAUGUAGCUCAUUUUGUUACGUUACAGCCUUAUUCUAAAAUUGAUUUAAAAUAAAUAAAUAAUAAUAAUACCCCAUAUUGACAAAACAAAAACAGGUUUUUCGAAAUUUUAGCACAUUUAAAUAAAUAAAAAACCCGGAAAGCAAAAAUAGGUUUUUAUAAAUAAAUAAAUCCUGAAAGUAUUCAGAUCCUUUACUCAGUACAUUGUUGAAGCACCUUUGGCAGCGAUUACAGCCUCCAGUCUUCUUGGGUAUGACGCUACAAGCUUGGCACACCUGUAUUUGGGGAGUUUCUCCCAUUCUUCUCUGCAGAUCCUCUCAAGCUCUGUCAGGUUGGAUGGGGAGCAUCGCUGCACAGCUAUUUUCAGGUCUCUCCAGAGAUGUUCGAUCUGGUUCAAGUCCGGGCUCUGGCUGGGCCACUCAAGGACAUUCAGAGACUUGUCCCGAAGCCACUCCUGCAUUGUCUUUGCUGUGUGCUUAGGGUCGUUGUCCUGUUGGAAGGUGAACCUUCGCCCCAGUCUGAGGUCCUGAGCGCUCUGGAGCAGGUUUUCAUCAAGGAUCUCUCUGUACUUUGCUCCGUUCAUCUUUCCCUCGAUCCUGACUAGUCUCCCAGUCCCUGCCGCUGAUAAACAUCCCCACAGCAUGAUGCUGCCACCACCAAGAUUCCUCUAGACGUGACGCUUGGCAUUCAGGCCAAAGAGUUCAAUGUUAUGAGAGUCUUUAGGUGCCUUUUGACAAACUCCAAGCGGGCUGUCAUGUGCCUUUUACUGAGGAGUGGCUUCCUUCUGGCCACUCUACCAUAAAGGCCUGGUUGGUGGAGUGCUGCAGAGAUGGUUGUCCUUCUGGAAGGUUCUCCCAUCUCCACAGAGGAACUCUGGAGCUCUGUCAGAGUUACCAUCAGGUUCUUGGUCACCUCCCUGACCAAGGCCCUUCUCCCCCGAUUGCUCAGUUUGGCCUGGCAAAGCUCUAGGAAGAGUCUUGGUGGUUCCAAACUGUUUCCAUUUAAGAAUGAUGGAGGCCACUGUGUUCUUGGGGACGUUCAAUGCUGCAGACAUUUUUUGGUGCCCUUCCCCAGAUCUGUGCCUCGACACAAUUCUGUCUCGAACCUCUAUGGACAAUUCCUUCGACCUCAUGGCUCGGUUUUUGCUCUGACAUGCACUGUCAACUGUGGGACUUUAUAUAGACAGGUGUGUGCCUUUCCAAAUCAUGUCCAAUCAGUUGAAUUUACCACAGGUGGACUCCAGUCAAGGUGUAGAAACAUCUCAAGAAUGAUCAAUGGAAACAGGAUGCACCUGAGCUCAAUUUCAAGUCUCAUAGCAAAGGGUCUGAAUACUUAUGUAAAUAAGGUAUUUCAGUUGUUUAUUUUUAAUACAUUUGCAAAAAAUUUCUAAAAACCUGUUUUCGAUUUGUCCAUUAUGGGGUAUUGUGUGUAGAUUGAUGAGGAAUUUAUUUAAUAAAUUUUAGAAUAAGGCUGUAUCGUAACAAAAUGUGGAAAAAGUCAAGGGGUCUGAAUACUUUCCGAAUGCACUGUAUGCACAUGCCACGGAAACAUUCCUAUUUUUAAUAGUGUGCUUUGCCUCUCACUUGCCUUCAAAAUAAAGAUAAUAUAAAAUGUAUUAAUGUUGGUGCUUCUGUCUUGCUGUUGACUCACUUGGCAAACUUGUCUGAACUGCCACAUAGUGCCACCAUAGAAGCAGCAAGCACAUUAAAACAGGCUGAACUGCCACAUAGUGCCACCAUAGAAGCAGUAACCACAUUAAAACAGGCUGAACUGCCACAUAGUGCCACCAUAGAAGCAGCAAGCACAUUAAAACAGGCUGAACUGCCACAUAGUGCCACCAUAGAAGCAGCAACCACAUUAAAACAGGCUGAACUGCCACAUAGUGCCACCAUAGAAGCAGCAAGCACAUUAAAACAGGCUGAACUGCCACAUAGUGCCACCAUAGAAGCAGCAAGCACAUUAAAACAGGCUGAACUGCCACAUAGUGCCACCAUAGAAGCAGCAACCACAUUAAAACAGGCUGAACUGCCACAUAGUGCCACCAUAGAAGCAGCAAGCACAUUAAAACAGGCUGAACUGCCACAUAGUGCCACCAUAGAAGCAGCAACCACAUUAAAACAGGCUGAACUGCCACAUAGUGCCACCAUAGAAGCAUCAAGCACAUUAAAACAGGCUGAACUGCCACAUAGUGCCACCAUAGAAGCAGCAAGCACAUUAAAACAGGCUGAACUGCCACAUAGUGCCACCAUAGAAGCAGCAACCACAUUAAAACAGGCUGAACUGCCACAUAGUGCCACCAUAGAAGCAGCAAGCACAUUAAAACAGGCUGAACUGCCACAUAGUGCCACCAUAGAAGCAGCAAGCACAUUAAAACAGGCUGAACUGCCACAUAGUGCCACCAUAGAAGCAGCAACCACAUUAAAACAGCCUGUUGCUGCUACGGCACCAUAAGCUCAUACACACACAGUGCCAAAAAAUGGAUAAAUAUAUAUAUUACACAUACAUACUGGUGUCUGUCCCCUGCUGUCACAGAAGCAGUGAUCACGUCCCAAUACACCUCUCUAUGCAGUAGCUGAGCCCGGGGACAAGGUUAAAGGUACAGAUCCUACAUCAACUAGACAUGUAGAGAGAUCCUACAUAGAGAGAUCCUACAUCACCUAGACAUAUAGAGAGAUCCUACAUCAACUAGACAUAGAGAGAUCCUACAUCACCUAGACAUAGAGAGAUCCUACAUCACCUAGACAUGUAGAGAGAUCCUACAUCAACUAGACAUAGAGAGAUCCUACAUCAACUAGACAUAGAGAGAUCCUACAUCACCUAGACAUAGAGAGAUCCUACAUCAACUAGACAUGUAGAGAGAUCCUACAUCAACUAGACAUAGAGAGAUCCUACAUCACCUAGACAUAGAGAGAUCCUACAUCACCUAGACAUAGAGAGAUCCUACAUCAACUAGACAUAGAGAGAACCUACAUCAACUAGACAUGUAGAGAGAUCCUACAUCACCUAGACAUAGAGAGAUCCUACAUCAACUAGACAUAGAGAGAUCCUACAUCAACUAGACAUAGAGAGAUCCUACAUCACCUAGACAUAGAGAGAUCCUACAUCAACUAGAAAUGUAGACAGAUCCUACAUCACCUAGACGUGUAGAGAGAUCCUACAUCACCUAGACAUGUAGAGAGAUCCUACAUCACCUAGACGUGUAGAGAGAUCCUACAUCACCUAGACAUGUAGAGAGAUCCUACAUCACCUAGACAUGUAGAGAUCCUACAUCACCUAGACAUGUAGAGAGAUCCUACAUCACCUAGACAUGUAGAGAGAUCCUACAUCACCUAGACAUGUAGAGAGAUCCUACAUCACCUAGACAUGUAGAGAGAUCCUACAUCACCUAGACAUGUAGAGAGAUCCUACAUCACCUAGACAUGUAGAGAGAUCCUACAUCACCUAGACAUGUAGAGAGAUCCUACAUCACCUAGACAUAGGAGGUUACACCCUUUAAAAAAUAUUGCAGUUUUCAAAACUGCAGUAAACGGGCAGUAACUGCAGUCGACUGUGAUAUUUUGGCUGCAGUAUUUGCAGAAUAACGGCAGUGUACUGCAAUUCAACUGCAGUUACACUGCUAAAUUACUGCAGUAAAAAAAAAAAGCGGUGUUAUUCUGGACUCAGUAUUUACAGCGUACUGCAGUUGUACUGCACUCUGUACUGCACUCUGUACUGCACUCUGUACUGCAAUCUUUUUUAGUAAGGGCAGAUGUAGAGAUCCUACAUCAAAUCAAAUCAAAUCAAAUUGUAUUGGUCACAUGCGCCGAAUACAACAGGUGCAGACAUUACAGUGAAAUGCUUACUUACAGCCCUUAACCAACAGUGCAUUUAUUUUAAACAAAAAAAGUAAGAAUAAAACAACAACAAAAAAAAAAAAGUGUUGAGAAAAAAAGAGCAGAAGUAAAAUAAAGUGACAGUAGGGAGGCUAGGUUAAAUCCAGACAUGGGUGCAAAGCCACUCCCUCCUUCAGCCUUCGUCUCUCCAGCCUGCUCCUGCAAGCUUCUCCUGCAAGCUUCUCCUGCAAGCUUCUCCUGCAAGCUUCUCCUUCAAGCUUCUCCUGCAAGCUUCUCCUGCUCUAGUUCUCUCUGAUCGAAGCAGUGUAAAGUGUAGGUGUUGGACGAUGACUGUUACAUCUGGUGUGUUUGCUGCCCCCUACCUUGGUCCUACUGUCCUGGACACAUUUCUGUUCCCCUGUUACAUGGUCAAUAAAGUUUGCUUUGUAUUGUCCUGUCAGGCUGUGUGAGGUGGCAGCUUGCUACUGGUCUGACCAUUUGUCUGUCUGCGUUGUUUUUUUGAGAGGAGAAGAGAGUACCCCCCCCCCCCCCCCCCCCCCCCCCCCCCAGCCCCCUCCCGCCCUCUCCUCCUUCUCAUUAGACUAGAGGUGCAGAAAACACUGAUUCAUUCUCACUGUGUCCCAAAUAGCAACAUACGCCCCAUAUAGGGCACUUCUUUUGACCAGGGCUCAUGGGAUGCCAUUCGGGAUGCACCCUCUGUUCCUAAAUAUUCCUCUACCUCUCUGUCCUAGUUCUACUGCUCUCAAACCUGCAGUAACACUAGCUCUUUUAUAUGUAUCCCAGAGAGCUGCACCAAAGCAAAGAGCUGCACCGAAGAGCUGCACCGAAGAGCUUCACCGUUUACACAGACGGAGGUCCUCGCUUCAGCUUUUGCUUCCUUUACAAAACCCAUGAAUAGAGAGAGAAUAAAAAGAAAAAGCCUGCGCCACGCAGUCAGCUGAUAAAGACCACUAAUCCUAGCUGUGUCAGCAUGCUAUCCAUCUAGCAGGCAUACAGUGGGUCUGUUAAACAGUGGAUGCGUCCCAAACAGCAACCAUAUUCCCCACGGGUCCAAAGUAGUGCACUAUAUUCAAGAAUGUGCUGAUAAUGGCAGCUAUUUUGGGAAGUUAAGUUCUAUGUCAUUCUAUGGAACUGAAGUGAACCGAAUGGAUAGCCUCGUGGUUUACAGACAGCAGCCCAGGCUGGGGUUUAGGCCUUUCCUUUAGAGGAGUGUUUCUUAAAGGUGUAGUAAGUCAUUGGGAUGUGACUAUUAUAGCACGUGAUACACAUUUUUCGCUCAGUGUACGAGUCAAGGAUCUUCGUACUUGUGGGUGACGUGCCGACUGUUUUAAUUUGGGGAGCGUGAAACGUCUCGCGAACAGCCCAAAACGGGGCCGUUGCUAUGGAGACUCACAGGAAGGUGGGGACAGACAGAGAUGAUAUGUUUGCAUCAAAUACCUUACUCCUUGAAAGUUGUGUAUUCAUUAUACACUAUAUAUACACACAAGUAUGUGGACACACCUUCAAAAUUAGUGGAUUCAGCUAUUGCAGCCACACCUCUGCUGACAGGUGUAUAAAAUUGAGCACACCGCCAUGCAAUCUCCAUAGACAAACAUUGGCAGUAGAAUGGCCUUACUAAAGAGCUCAGUGACUUUCAACGUGGCACCAUCAUAGGAUGCCACCUUUCCAAAAAGUCAGUGCGUCAAACUUCUGCUCUGCUAGAGCUGCCCUGGUCAACUGUAAGGGCUGUUAUUGUGAAGUGGAAACAUCUAGGAGCAACAACGGCUCAGCCGCGAAGUGGUAGACCACACAAGCUCACAGAACGGGACCGCCGAGUGCUGUAGCGCGUAAAAAUCGUCUGUCCUCGGUUGCAACACUCACUACCGAGUUCCAAACUGCCUCUGGAAGCAACGUCAGCACAAGAACUGUUCGUCGGGAGCUUCAUGAAAUGGGUUUCCGUGGCCGAGCAGCCGCACACAAGCCUAAGAUCACCAUGCGCAAUGCCAAGCGUUGGCUGGAGUGGUGUAAAGCUCACCUCCAUUGGACUCUGGAGCAGUGGAAAGGCGUUCUCUGGAGUGAUGAAUCACGCUUCACCAUCUGGCAGUUGGACGGACGAAUCUGGGUUUGGUGGAUGCCAGGAGAACGCUACCUGCCCGAAUGCAUAGUGCCAACUAAAAAGUUUGGUGGAGGCAGAAUAAUGGUCUGGGGCUGUUUUUCAUGGUUCGGGCUAGGCCACUUAGUUCCAGUGAAGGAAAAUCUUAACGCUACAGCAUACAAUGACAUUCUAGAUGAUUCUGUGCUUCCAACUUUUUGGCAACAGUUUGGGGAAGGCCCUUCCCUGUUUCAGCAUGACAAUGCCCCCAUGCACUAAGCGAGGUCAUCACAGAAAUGGUUUGUCGAGAUCGGUUUGGAAGAACUUGACUGGCCUGCACAGAGCCCUGACCUCAACCCCAUCGAACACCUUUGGGAUGAAUAGGAACGCCGACUGCGAGCCAGGCCUAAUCGCCCAACAUCAGUGCCCGACCUCACUAAUGCUCUUGUGGCUGAAUGGAAGCAAGUCCCCCGUAGCAAUGUUCCAUCAUCUAUUAGAAAGCCUUCCCAGAAGAGUGGAGGCUGUUAUAGCAGCAAAGGGGGGACCAACUCCAUAUUAAUGCCCAUGAUUUUGGAAUGAGAUGUUCGAUGAACAGGUGUCCACAUACUGCUGGUCAUGUAGUGUAUAUAGCAUGAGCAGGUGUCCACAUACUGCUGGUCAUGUAGUGUAUAUAGCAUACCUGAAGAAUGAUGAUAACUGGCAAUAAUCAACAGCUGCAGUGUUGCUUGAUUCUGUCCCAUAUCAUUCUAACCACCCCUAUCAUGGCUACCCCCAUACCAUUACUACCCCUAGUCAUCUACCCCAGUACCAUUCUACCCCCGUAGUCAUUGGCUGACCCCAGUACCAUUCUACCCCGUACAUUCUACCCCAUACCAUCUGACCCCCUAGUCAGUCAACCCCAUACCAUCGAACCCCCAUCAUUCUACCCCAUACCAGGUCUACCCCGGAUCAUCUACCCCAACCAUUCACCCCAUACCAUCACCCCAACCUUCUACCACCCACAUGCUACUACCCCAACCAUUCUCAUCCCCGAUGCAUUCUACCCCAUACCAUUCUACCCCCUAUCAUUCUACCCCAUACCAUUCUACCCCAUACCAUUCUACCCCAUACCAUUCUACCCCGUAUCAUUCUACCCCAUACCAUUCUACCCCCUACAGUCUGACCCCAACCAUUCUGACCCCCUAGCAGUUCUACCCCAUACCAUGCGACCCCCUACAUUCUACCCCAACCAUUCUACACCCCAUACCAUUCUACCCGGUAUCAUUCUAACCCCAUACCAUUCUACCCCAUACCAUGUGCUACCCAUACCAUUCUCACCUAGCAUCUCCCCCAUACCAUUUCUACCCCAGACCAUUCUACCCCCUAUCAUUCUACCAGACCCAACCCCAUACCAUUCUCCCCCGAUCAGUCUACCCCAUACACUACCAUACUACCCCAUACCAUUCUACCCCAUAUCAUUCUACCCCAUACCAUUCUACCCCAUACCAUUCUACCCCAUACCAUUCUACCCCCUACCAUUCUACCCCAUACCAUUCUACCCCCUAUCAUUCUACCCCAUACCAUUCUACCCCAUACCAUUCUACCAUUCUACCCCUACCAUUCUAACCAUUCUACCCCAUACCAUUCUACCCCCUAUCAUUCUACCCCAUACCAUACUACCCCAUACCAUUCUACCCCCUAUCAUUCUAUCAUAUCUACGUGUGUAAAAGCUUAUAAAGACACAUGGAAUUAUUUGAUUCGAUUUGAUGGUUGACAUGACUGAAAGGUAGGCGGAUAUAUUCUUAUCUAAAAUGGUAGGUUCUGUGUACGUUUCCCGAGCACAUAAAAGUUGUGUGUUGUGUCGCGCAUUGGGAUAAAUGGAUGGACUUGCACCUGGUAAAAACCAUAUAGCCAAUUGUGCAAUAUAUUCCACAAUUCUAACCAAAUACACCAGCGACACCAUUUGGGAGAUAAAGGUUGUGAGUGUUUCUGAUCGACAACCGUCUUUCGACGUAUGUGUGGCUACAAUGCCAUCUUUAGAGCAUUCUUCGCUUGGUUUCUUCAGAAAUGUUUCUUUAGAAAUGCAGAUAAUGGUCCAUUAUCAAAUCAAUGACAAAGCUGUUGUGAAGAUGGAUGCUGUGCGUUGGACACAAAUCAACUGUACUAGUUGUUCCGGCUCUGGUCUUGUCCCAUCUUUGAUGACUGUCCGGUAAGACCCAUGGGGCGGCGCACAAUUGGCCCAGCGUCGUCCAGGGUAGGGGAGGGAAUGGCCGGCAGGGAUGUAGCUCAGUUGGUAGAGCAUGGCGUUUGCAACGCCAGGGUUGUGGGUUCGAUUCCCACGAGGGGGGCCAGUAUGAAACAAAUAAAAUAAAUAAUAAUAAUGUAUACACUCACUAACUGUAAGUCGCUCUGGAUAAGAGCGUCUGCUAAAUGACUAAAAUGUAAAUGUAGUAUGGUCAGGUGCAGCAAAGAAAGGCCUCGCAAAAGCUGCAGCUGCCUCAAAACAGAGCGUCACGCCUUGCCCUGAACUGCGCAUACAGAACUAACAGCAACAACAUGCAGGCCAGUCGUUGACGAGAGAUGAACUCCUUCUCUUACAGUUUUCAUGAGAAAUAUUACUGUGGUGAAAAUUCCAGAUUGCCUGGAUAAUCCAAUAAGAUUCAGGUCAGACACCCAGACACACCCCACAAGACUCACACAAACACUCUUAACGCACACUGUUUUUUUUGUUGUAUUGUUUGCAUUUAACAUUUCUGUGGCUGUCUUUGUCUGUCAGCGUCUCAGUGUUUUUGUCACUUGUCAUGUCUUGUGGAACCUAGGAAAAGUAGCUGCCGCUAAUGGGGAUCAAAAUAAAUAACGGAGUAAAUUAAUUCUGAUUUCUGCGCGUAAAAAUUAGCAUGGGACAGGACGGGAGUGAUUUUUAUCGGGACAGGACGGGAAAAAUUGUCUUGGUUAUAGAACUGUUGUGGAAUCAGGACAGUACUGAGAAAACAUUUCAGGACAGGACAGAAAUUCAUUUUCUCCCCUGUUGUGUGAACCUCUAUUCCUCAGUGCCGAAUGGCUGGUGAUCAGAACAGUGUUCUGAGUUAUAGUCAUGUGAAACACAAACGCAAAAUAACCACCACUGAAGAAGGAUAAUUGGAAAUGACAUGUACACAGAAAUAUUUGGUCCGAACAGAUUAGAAGAUAUUGAAUUUCAGACUAUAGGGCAAUGUAUCCAAACUUUCCCAUGGAUUAUAGGUUUAAUUUAUUAUCACCUGAUAAGACAAUAGGUCUAUUUACAGAAAACAGUAUGACUUAUUCCACCUUUUAAUCCUGGUCCUGGGGACCCAAAGGAGUACAUAUUGUUGUUUUUGCGAUGGUAUGAUCUGUCUGCAGCCAGAUCAGUUCUGUCUGCACCCAGAUCAGUUCUGUCUGCACCCAGAUCAGUUCUGUCUGCAGCCAGAUCAGUUCUGUCUGCACCCAGAUCAGUUCUGUCUGCACCCAGAUCAGUUCUGUCUGCACCCAGAUCAGUUCUGUCUGCACCCAGAUCAUGCCAGUUCCUCCUGUGAUAUUGGGUACCUAGUUAACCACAGCUGUCUCUACAAAGUGUCUCAGAGGAAGAGCGCUGAUCUGUCCAUUGUGACCUAAAAGGCCAAACUGAUCCUGGAUCAGCGCCCCUACUCUGAGACACGGUGAAUACGGGGGGGCGCAGAGCUGCGGUCUCUUUAAGAGUUAAUGAAUGUGGUUUAUUCAUCAGCUUGAUAGUGAGAUGCUGCUAUGAUUAAUUGAUUGAAGCCCUCUAUGAUGAAACCGCCUUUGUUUGUCCUGGCCGAGUAUCAUUAUCUGCUGUGUGUUUACUGGUAUAGGAGUUCUGCUAGUAUGAGCUGUAGGUGGCUCUGAGCGGGGCUCGGUAGACUUCACUGUACUACUAAUGUCUGUUCAAAUGAAACAGUUGUACUUGUCAUACCAUACCAAUGUUCCUCUUGCUCGUCCUUGACCAACCCCGGCACUGUGGAAUGCAGCUCAGUGUUUGUUGGAGUGUUUGCCUCUGCUAUAUGUCCGAUGGAUCAGGUUUGAAUAGGCUUUGUUUGUGUCAUAGGAUGAUGGCUUUGUUUGUGUCAUAGGAUGAUGGCUUUGUUUGUGUCAUAGGAUGAUGGCUUUGUUUGUGUCAUAGGAUGAUGGCUUUGUUUGUGUCAUAGGAUGAUGGCUUUGUUUGUGUCAUAGGAUGAUGGCUUUGUUUGUGUCAUAGGAUGAUGGCUUUGUUUGUGUCAUAGGAUGAUGGCUUUGUUUGUGUCAUAGGAUGAUGGUACUGCCUUUAGGACCCAGCAGCCCCUGGGCCUACCAGUCAGCCCUCCCUGCCUGCCUCCUGCAGAGCACAAGCCAGAGCAGACUCUAGCGCAGUGCUGCCUCUGCUCUGCUCUUCUCUCCUCUCAUCUCCUCUCCUCUCCUCUGAUGCACUCACAGCACAGACAGCAGACCAACCCUGCCUGCAGUUUCUUUCUCUGCUCUGUUUUCCUUCACUCCUUCCCUCCAUUCAUCCUCCUCUCCUCCUGACCUGGCGUCUGAUCUGAAUUCUGCAGUCGGAGGCUGAGGCUGUUUCCUGUCAGAGCAGAGAGUGCCGUCUGUGAGCCCGGACAGCCAGCCAGGAUAUCUCUCUCUCUCCGACCAGACAGGGAAGAAACCAGCAGGACCAACACAAUAAAGUUGUUCCUGGGAAGCACAGGACUGGAGGGAGUAUUAAUACUAGUCCUAGGGCUAUAGAAGAGGGGGGUGAUCGUGAGGAUUAUCGAGAGACACGCUCCAGAAGCAUCACUGAACCCCCCACCACCCCACCCUGGUCGUACCCCACCGACGACGUCACCUCCUCCUCCUCCUCAUUGUUAUUAGAGCAGACAGGCCAGCGUGGAGCCUGGCGAAGACCGGGGAAUCAGCAUGUCGUCUCAGACUACUAGGAGGAACCUAUACACCCGG